CAGCAGCUAAACAGUACAGCAGCUAAAUGCCUUUGCUCAAUAAGACUAAUAUUUGGGUUGCAUAGAAUCUCGUGAAGUCCAUGCUUUCCAGGGUGGGAAACUGAUUGCUGCAGUAUUUUUUUCAAUGACAAGGUGGCCACAGAAUCAUUUUCAAUGAUCAAAGUCAGCAACCUUUGUGCCUUAAUAUGUUUCAAUCUGGUGGUGUUUUGUCUUUCAAAAGGAGAAGUUCUUCAAAGUAAUGAUGGAUUUUUGGUUCCAUCAGAGGAUGGCAGCGAUGAACAACAAUGUUCCUGUUGGGAAAAAUGUGAUUUUGAAAGUGAUCUGUGCAGUAUGAUAAACAGUGGAAAGUUACUCACUGGAUGGAUCAGGAGAAAUGGAAUGAACAUCACAGGAUCUCCUCUCUCUGACCAUAAUGGGAACAACACAGCCUAUUUCCUCACAUUGUCCUCUGAACUGGUCCCAUAUCCUGCAGUUGUAAGGAGCAGAGUACUCUUUGUGGCUGGUAACCAGCUCACCUGCCAGGUUUCAUUUUACUAUUGGAUGGGUGAGCUAAAUGGAACUCUCACCGUGGGUCUCCAGACUUGCUCCAAUAGUACUCUAAAGACUAUAUGGCAAGAAAGGGAAGGAAUCAGAAGUCAGUGGCAAAAAGCUGUGAUCACAAUCAACAAUACUCUGAAUGAUGCUGAGGUUGUAUUUCAAGGACGAAUAUUUGAACCUUGGACACCAGGUGAAACCAUUGCUAUUGAUGAUAUCUCUGUCAGCAAAGGAUGUUUUCUAACUUCUGUAGAUAAGACUUCCUUGUGUAAGGAAAGAAGCCAUGCUUGUAAUGAGACCCAUAUUCCAGAUCAAGAGCUCUGCAGUAAUGCAUCUAAGAUCUCCUCCAGUGCUCCUAACAGAGGAUUCUGUCUUCAGCAGGUCGGCAAUUUUAAGAUUCAAGUGUGUGACUGGAAUUCAAAUAUAUCGGAACAUGUUUCCUGGAUGCUUAUGAAAGAAUUACAUGAACCUGAUUUUAAAUCUGUUCUUCUGAAAGACAGAAGCAAUGACACCAAUGACUGCUGUAAGUGGGUGCAAGAUAAUGACAACACAAAAAGUGCUUUAUACAAAAUCAUGUCCCUGAAUGGCUCAAUGUGUUACUGCUUUGGUGAGAAAUGUAACUUUUCAUUUUCUUACUUCUUGAGGGACAGCAGCGUUCUCAAAGCAGUACUUUAUACUAAUCAGGAUGAACAACUCGUUCUGUGGAAAGCCAGUGUACCAACCAACAAUGACUGGGUGAAAGUGGAAAUACAAAUACCAACAGGAUCAGAAAAAAUAAAGCUUCUGUUGGAAGGAGCAGUUGAAAGCAAGACAAGCUCUGUUUGUCUGGACAACUACCAUUUUGUGGAUAAGGCAAUAUCAGAAUUGCCCAGCAUUCAUUCUCCUGAAGAAUUUGCCUGUGCUAGUGGCCAACACAUUGACAACAACUUGGUCUGUGAUUACCAUUUAGACUGUUUGGAUGGAAGUGAUGAAAAUCCAGCAGCUUGUGCAAAUUACACCCUGUGUGACUUUGAAUAUGACCUUUGUGACUGGAAGACACUAAGCACUAAGGAUAUACCAUGGAACAGAAUGAAAGGACAAGAUUCUAGUGAUUCUGGCCUUCCUACCCGAGAUCACACAACUAACAGUGGGAAAGGAACAUUUGUUUAUGUGGCUGGCUCACCAGAGGCAAAGACCAAGCUGGUCGUUUCUCACUUCAGCAGUCCAGUCUUUACAAAACUGUCUAGUGAUGUUGUAUUUUGUCAGAUGAGAUUUUGGUAUCAGUUGUCUCAGGAUUCCCAGCUGAAUGUCUUUAUUAAAGCUCCUGUUGAUGGAGAUUUGCGAAACUUAUAUAAACAGAAACUUUCCAAGAAUACGAUGCAGUGGACAAAGGCAAAUAUUCUUAUAACAAACACAACUGGAAAAGUCACAGGACCUUUUCAGAUCAUUAUACAAGCCACGAUUCAGUCAACAAAGGGUUUUGUUGCUGUGGAUGACAUCAGUCUUACAAAGGCAUGUGAGACUAAUUAUACAGCACUCUCAAGUAUCUCUGAAGACGGGGAGGCAAAGUUGGAAGCCUCUGGUUCUUCGUUUCUUUAUUGCCCACCUGGAUCAUUGCCAUGUGAAGAUGGAAACUGUGUUUCAUCGGACAAGUUUUGUGAUUUCACACCUGAUUGCCCAGAUGGCAGUGAUGAAGCCAUGUGCCCUGCAAAAUGUGACUUUGAAACAGACAGCUGUGGCUGGUGGGAAGCAGCUGGUGCAGAUGCGUUUGACUGGAUAAGGAGCUCUAGAAGUGGUCUACUCCCUGCUUUCCAGAAGCAAGCUCCCCCACGAGAUCACACAUAUAACCAAUCUGAAGGUCAUUUUAUGUUCAUUUGGAGAAACAGCAGCAAUAUUUUACAGAUUGCACAGCUACAAAGCCCAAAAUUCCGCCAGGCAGGAUCAGGCUGCACAAUGACCUUCUGGUAUUACAACUAUGGUCUGUCAGUUGGAGCUGCACAAAUGCAAUUGCUUGUUGAUGGAGUAAAAUAUCCUACAGUUCUCUGGAGGAUAUACUACAAUCAAGGAGAUCAGUGGUUAAAGGCUUUCAUUCAGCUUGGACGCGUCCCACAGCCCUUCCAAUUAUCACUAGAUAAAGUCAGCCUUGGAUUUUAUGAUGGUGUCGCAGCAAUUGAUGAUAUAACAUUUGAGAAUUGUGCAUUGCCACCUCCAACAUUAAAUUGUGAAGGCCCUGGUCGUUUCUGGUGCCGAGACUCAAAGGCUUGCAUUGACAGGUUGUUAUUGUGUGAUCUUGUUGAUGACUGUGGAGAUGGAUCUGAUGAGGGCAACUGCGCGCCUGAACUGCAGUGCAACUUUGAAUUAGGACUCUGCAACUGGGAGCAAGACGUAGAUGAUAACUUCAACUGGACGAGAAAACAAGGCCCAACUUCCAAACUUAAUGCAGGACCGUUGAAGGAUCACACUUUGGGCACAGCCAAAGGGCACUACCUUUACAUAGAUUCUUCAGAACCACAGAUGUUUCAAGACAGAGCUGCUUUGCUAAGCCCAAUUUUUAAUUCUACCUCUGCACAAGGCAACAAAAGCUGCAUUUUUCGUUUCCAUUAUCAUAUGUUUGGAAAGCACAUUUACAGGCUGGCAGUUUCCCAGAGAACUGUGAGCAAUACAAGGGGACAUCUGCUGUGGCACACAUUUGGUAAUCAAGGUGACAGAUGGAUAAGGAAAAUCCUCUACAUUAGGAGUUCAGAGCCAUUUCAGAUCUUGGUAGAGGGUACUGUUGGGGAUGGCUUCACUGGAGACAUUGGAAUUGAUGACCUCUCUUUUAUGGACUGUGUACUUUACAGUGGAAGUUUGCCAGCUGAUUCAACAACCCCAUCAGGAACAUCCAUUCCUGUGACACUUCCUAUGAACAACUGUACAGAAAAGGAAUUCAUCUGCAGAGCUACUGGCCAAUGCAUCAAUAUUACCCAGAGGUGUGAUUUCCGACCUGACUGCUCUGAUAAAUCUGAUGAGUCAUCUUGUGUCUCAGUUGUUUGUGACUUUGAUGAUGGAAGCCUAUGUGAGUGGCAUCAGCCUGCAUUCCAAGUGGAAACAGCAGCUUCAGUCCAUACUGCUAAUAUGUUCCAGUGGGGCCUUGGAAGAGGAGCAAGCAUUCAUCCUGGUGAAGAGAAUCAUAGGCCAUUGGUUGAUCAAACUAUGGCUACUAAGGAAGGCUGGUAUCUCUAUGCAGACAGUUCAAAUGGAGCUUUUGGACAUACUGCUGACCUGAGCACACCAGUAAUUUCUCAGACUGGACCCAAGUGCAAGCUUGUGUUUUGGAACUAUAUGAAUGGGGCAACAGUGGGUUCUUUGAAGGUGCUCAGCAAAAUGGGAAACACAACUUCUGAACUUUGGGCUCAAAGUGGUCCCCAGGGUCCCCAAUGGAACAGAGCUGAAGUGUUUUUGGGUGUGCGCUCUUAUUUUCAGGUUCUUUUCAAAGCAAAGCGGGGCAUCAGUUAUGUGGGAGAUGUGGCAGUGGACGAUGUUUCUUUUGAGGACUGUUCUCCUUUGCUGAUACCGCACAAACACUGUACUUCAGCAGAAUUUACCUGUGCCAACAAAUACUGCAUCCCAAAGGAUAAUCUUUGUGAUUUUGUGAAUGACUGCGCAGAUAACUCAGAUGAGAGCCAAAACAUUUGCAGUAUGUCCAUCGGGCGCUGUGAUUUUGAAUUUGAUCUUUGUGACUGGAAACAAGAUCAGAAUGAUGACUUUGAUUGGAAUCUCAGAACUGGAGGCAUCCCAAAGGCAGGCAUGGGGCCAAUUGCUGAUCAUACCUUGCAAGAACCAUCUGGUCAUUACAUCUUUAUAAAAAGCUCCUUUCCUCAGUUGCCUGGGCAAGUAGCCAGAAUCUCUAGUGUGGCAAUAAACAGAAGGAGCAAAAAUUGCAAGAUAAUAUUUUAUUACCACAUGUAUGGAGUCAAAAUUGGAUCACUAACUGUCUAUCAAGUGACAGUGUCAAAUCCCCCUCAAGUGAUCUUCAGUCUCUCUGAAGAUCAGGGAAAUUUCUGGAAAAGAAAAGAGUUGCUGCUGGAUGCUAGUGAGGACUUCUGGAUAACCUUUGAAGGACGGGUUGGACCAGUUCACUGGAGAUAUAUAGCCCUCGAUGACAUUGUGUUUUCAAAGGAAUGUUUACCAUCAUCAGCAUUACUAGAUAAACCUACAGAACUACCUUCAACAGGAUCUUGCUCACAGGGUUAUUUGGAAUGUCUAAAUGGGAAGUGUUACAGACCAGAACAAAGCUGCAAUUUUGAGGAUGACUGUGGGGAUAUGACUGAUGAAAGAGAGUGCGGGACCUCCUGCACUUUUGAAAAUGAUUUAUGUGGCUGGCAGAAUUCCCUAGCUGAUAACUUUGAUUGGGUGAUGGGAACUGGCUCCCUUCAAAGCCUCAGACCUUCCAAGGACCACACUCUUGGAAGUGGAAAAGGACAAUUUCUGUAUCUUGAAGCUACUUCAACAGGCGUCAAAGGGGAAAAGGCACAUCUGAAGAGCUCCAGGUGGAAAGAAUCUAGCACCACUUGCACAUUGAGUUUCUGGUAUUACAUAUCUUCAAAAGCAACAGGACACAUCCAGGUUCUCAUUAAGACUGACAGUAGCCUUUUAAAGAUGUGGAGCCAUUCUGGAGAAAAUGAAAAUGAUGGUGGCCAAUGGAGGAGAGCAGAAAUACUCUUGGGAAAGCUGAGGAACUUUGAAGUCAUAUUUGAGGGCAUUCGAGCCAAAUAUCUUGGAGGCGGAGCAGCAAUCGAUGACAUUGAAUACAAGAACUGCAGCACAAUUGGAGAAGAUUCUGGGGUGUGCCCUACUGUUACUGACUUUGUGUGCUGGAACAAGAAGUGCAUUGAAUUUCACCUUGUCUGUGACUAUAAGGCUGACUGCGGAGACUGGUCAGAUGAAGCUGAUUGCAGCCAAUAUACCACUAUCCCAGGAAGCUGUAACUUUGAGACGCAAGGUCAAGACUGGACUGCUGUGUGCGGAUUGACACAGGACUCUGAUGAUGAAUUCGACUGGCGUAUUGGCAAUAGGGCUGUCAUAGAACAAGGAGGCCCGGACUCGGAUCACACACCAGGUAAUGGACGUAAUUUUUUAUAUGUCAAUUCAUCUGCUCAACAAGAAUGGGACAAAGCAAGAAUAGUUACUGCCAGAUACUUCCCAGCCAGCCAGGGUAUAUGCAGACUCCGCUUCUGGUUUUGGACAUGUAACUCCCCCCAAAUUGGAGUGUUAAAGGUUUACACUGUUGAAGAAUUUGGAAUGGAUAUUUUGAUGUGGUCAGCAACUGGAAAUAAAAGUAGUGCAUGGACAUAUGCAAAUGUGAUCCUUUCCACCAGCAGCCCUUUCAAAGUGGCAUUUGAAGCAGUGGCUGGAGCAAAUGAGCUCAUAGAAUUUGCCAUCGAUGACAUUUCUUUCACGCCAGAAUGUGCAUUCGGAGGACCUGUUUCACCACAACCUCCAACCUGUGGUAGUGACAAAUUCACUUGCAUAUACACGAAGCAGUGUGUGCCUUUCUUUGCAAAAUGCAAUGGAGUAGACGACUGUGAAGAUGGGACAGAUGAAAUGGCCUGCCCUACUGUGAAACCUACCACAGAUUCUCCAAGGCUUUGCAAGGAAACUGAGUUCCAGUGUGAUAACCAGUCAUGUAUCCCAUCACUCUUGAGAUGUGACGGCGUGGCUGAUUGCAGAUUCAAUGAAGAUGAAGAUGAUUGUCCCAUUAAAGAUUGCUUCAAUGGGUCUUUAUUGUGCCCAUCAACUAAUUCCUGCAUUCCAGUUUCUCAGCGCUGUGAUGGUAUUGUAGACUGCAUUGAUUUUGCUCCUGAUGAAUCAAGCUGUUCAGAGUGUCCAAUGGCAUACUGCAAAAAUGGAGGAACAUGCAAGAAAGAAGUUGUGCCCAUCUGCCAAUGUAGAAAAGAAUGGAGAGGAAACCGUUGCCACUUAAAAGCUAAUCCUUCCUUGAUGCCAUCUUCUGGUUCUCUACAAAAUGAUACUUGGACUGUGCUGGGUGCUGGAUUAGCUUUCCUGUUGAUUGAAAUUGCAGUUGCCAUUUCAUGCAUCCUUUCAAAGAGGAAAUUGCCAAGAAUGAAACCUGAGGAGUCCCUCAAUACUUCAUUUGACAAUCCACUUUAUGAAGCUCAAAGCAUAAAGUCUACAGAGUAUGCUGCCUCACUGGGAGUUCAGAUCAGUGUUUCUCCAUGGCAGGCACAGCAGGAGCUUUCUCACAGUAAUGACAUCAUGGCCGAUUCCUUUGCCAACCCUUUGUAUGGCACAACCUCAACUUUAUAUGGCACAACGACAGGAAAUACGAAAACGCUGUGAGAUGUCACUGAAAAUGGGAAUAAAACAAGACAGAUAUUUUAUGCAACUUCAUCUGGCAUAAUGUUUUCCUGCUUCUAAAAUUGAAUCAAAUAAUAGCAUAGCAUUAGUAACUUGAAUGGAAGUGGAAUGAUUUCCAUACAAGAAUAAUUACGUCCUCCAGAUCACACUUCAUUCAAAAUAGCAUCCACCCACAUGGGAAAGCAAAGCCUUACGUGAUAUUUAUGCUGGCAAAGAACAGUCUUGGUAAGUUUAGUUUUGAAUUCACUACAUGGUUGAACAGUUCAAAUUCCAGUGUAUUAAUAAAGAAA